GCGCAGACGUCACUCAGGCUGUUAGUCUAUACACAUAGGCUUCCGGGACACAGAGCAUGCUGGGAAAUCCGAGAUACAGCUGGCAACUGGAAAUAUAAUUAGGACCUGGAUGGAUGGUCAAUAUGAAUCGAAUGAGUGCUCCUGGAAGCUCCAGUACACAAAGACGACGCUUGGCUCUUGGGAUUGUUAUUCUGCUUCUCGUUGAUGUAAUCUGGGUUGCUUCCUCUGAACUGACUUCAUAUAUAUUUCAGGAGUACAACAAACCUUUUUUCAGCACGUUUGCAAAGACAUCUAUGUUUGUUCUGUAUCUCUUGGGAUUUAUUGUGUGGAGGCCAUGGAGGCAGCAGUGCACAAGACGUCUCCGUGGGAAACGCGCAACUUUUUUUGCAGAUGCUGAAGGUUAUUUUGCUGCAUGUACUACAGACAGCUCUCUGACCCAUGCAUUGAGUGAGCCUCUCUAUGUUCCUGUCAAGUUUCAUGAUUUGCAGAGUGAGAAGUUGGUGAACACAAAUAAUGAAGUUGAUAAAACAACUAAGAAACCACGUGUCCGGUUCAGUAACAUAAUGGAAAUCCGACAGCUCCCAUCUAGUCAAGCGCUUGAAGCCAAAUUAUCUCGAAUGUCAAAUCCACCUGUCAGAGAUAGUGAGUCAAUGUUUAGAGCAGUCGGAAAACUUUCAGCCUGUCAGGUCGCCAGGAUCAGCUUCUUCUUUUGCUUUGUGUGGUUCAUGGCAAAUUUUUCUUACCAGGAAGCUCUGUCUGACACACAAGUUGCAAUUGUUAACAUCAUUUCCUCUACAUCUGGACUCUUUACUUUGAUCCUGGCCUCUGUGUUUCCAAGUAGCAGUGGUGAUCGCUUCACGCUGUCCAAGCUGCUAGCUGUCAUUUUAAGCAUUGGAGGUGUAGUACUUGUUAGUUUAUCAGGAUCUGACAGAAAUGGAGGAGAAAACACCAUUGGCUCCCUCUGGUCUCUGGCAGGUGCAAUGCUCUACGCUGUGUAUAUUGUUAUGAUAAAGAGGAAAGUGGAUAGAGAAGACAAACUUGAUAUACCAAUGUUUUUUGGCUUUGUAGGGCUUUUUAACCUACUUCUGCUCUGGCCGGGGUUUUUCCUGUUGCACUACACUGGGUUCGAAGCAUUUGAGCUUCCCAACAAGUUGGUUUGGAUAUACAUCGUAAUCAAUGGGCUUAUAGGAACGGUGCUGUCUGAAUUCCUGUGGUUGUGGGGCUGCUUCCUGACCUCCUCUCUUAUAGGAACCUUGGCAUUAAGUCUUACUAUACCUCUCUCUAUCAUCGCAGAUAUGGUCAUGCAGAAGGUGCACUUUUCAUGGGUGUUUUUUGCAGGAGCUCUUCCUGUUUUUAUAUCGUUUUUCAUUGUGACACUUCUGUGCCAUUAUAAUAAUUGGGAUCCAGUCAUGGUUGGAAUCAGAAGAAUUUUUGCCUUUAUAUGCAGAAAGCAUCGGAUUCAGAGGACAUCUGAGGACACAGAGCAGACUGAAAGUUUGAUACCGCUGCACAGUGUAUCUCAAGACAGUGGAGCAACUAGCAGUCCGUAAAUUUAUGCUACUCCCUGGGAAAGUGACAAUCUUAGAGGAGCAAAAUGGUUAUCUCCUCCUUGAAGCCCAUUUGCUGCUUUUAUACUUGGGCUUACUGGACGCCUGACAUACGGGCUCAUCAAACAGUGACAUGAGGACUUAUUGGACAGUACACACCUGCCUUAUAAAAACAUGUCUACUCUGCUCCAAAUGGGAAAAAAAAUCAGAUGAAGCUGCUUUAACUUAUAUCUUGUUUUAUAGAUAAAUGUUUGCUGGGAAAAUUGUAAAAAUGUCAGUUGAUGUCAAUAAUUUUGUUGGUUAAUGAGUUAAGACAAGGAUCUUAAAGUUAAAUUUGGUACACAACGCACAUAGACCACCUUGUUGCCUAUGUGCUGUAGAAAGUGUAGCUGCACUAGAAACAUGAAAUGAAAUUACAUGUGAUUGCAUUUACGUUUCAGAGAUUUAUACCAUAUGGUGAUUUGAUUUUUUUUAUUCUCUGGGUGUUGGGAAUGUGUGAGUAGCAAUCAUAUACAAUAUGUGCAAAGAAAAAGCAGAUUAGUUAUAUUUCACAAGAGUAAGACCCCAAAUAUAGCAGGGCAGUAAAAAUACAAAAUGGUGUGCAGGUCUGUCAGGCACAGUCUAAAGGGCAAUGAUAUUUAGGAAGCACAUGCAGGUGGGCAGUUAAAUUGGUACAAGCAUGUGGAACUGUGGUUAAUACAGGUGGUUAGACAGUGACAAUUGACCGCCACAGUGGGAUAGGUAAUCAUCAAGACGGUCUCCAACAUCUGUCAGAGGCUGAGUGUAGCCAGAGAUAAUCACAAGCAGUGAAUUAUUGCCACAUGGUAAGGGAAACUGCAAUACGCAAUAUAAUUUCUGGGCAAUCUUUUUUUUUUAUUAUUAUUUGUGCUGCUAUUAUUUGCAGUAUCACAAGCAGAUUUGUAACAAUUUUACAAUUUAAUGUUUACCAUGAGAGCUAUAUUUGUGGAAUAUGGAAUAUAUAGAAUAAUGUAUCUACAGAUGUGAGCAGGCAUUUUAUGUGAGACUCAUACUGUGAAAAAAAUGUUUUACUACUGUGUUCAACAAAAAUAUCUCCCAGUGUUGCCUUUUAGAUUAUUUUUUUUCAAAGUUGCCAUUUGUUAAACAAUAAUUAGUGUCUAUAAAACUUCAUGAAGUUCUGAGAUUUCCAGCAACCUGGAAAUUUGUGAAUGGUCUGUUAAACUGUUUUCCUUUGAUUUUAAUUGGUCCAUUGUAUGAUGUUUUGUCUCCUAGGUCAAUCUGCUUCUCUAACCUUUAUCAGUAUGACUGUGUCAUUGUGUGCACUUAUCUAGUCUGCUGUAUCUGUUUGUGUAUAGUGUGUAUCUGAGCCAUGAUUUGUGUGUGUGUUUUUUUUAUCUGAGCUUGUCUGCUUGCUAUAUGUUUCUCAGUUUGUACAUCUGUGUUUGUAAGUCUGCUGAAUGUUUAGUGUGUGAUACAUAUUUUUAUAGUGUAUGUGUCUUAGUCAGUAUGUAUCUGUAAAGGUGUUUAGACUGUUUUAGUGUAUGUAUCUGAAGGGAAUAUUAGACCUUUAUGACCCUGGACUAUGUCAGUUUGCUUGAGAUCACUUACAUUACAAUUCACGAUUGUGUAAAUGGAAAACAAAUAAUUUUUUAUAGCCUCACUCAUAGUUACUCCUCUUGCCUUCUGAGCCUCCUACCUUAACACACUUGGGACUUGGGAUGAGAAAAUGCUGGAUUACAUUAUACUCAGAAAUGUCCCAUUUUUGUGAAGUACCCUGCAAAACAGAAUACAAUAAAGCCCAGCAAAAAGUCUUGA